AUGAGGAAAUGGAAGAAGAAGCUGGGCCACACCUUCUCCCGCCUCGUCUUCCCCAAACCCCCAGUCAAUCUUGCCAAGCCCAGGCCCGACUUCGCUCCGCCGCCGCCGCCGCAUUCCUCCUACCCGAUCCCUCCCCCGCCGCCGCUCGCCAUGGGGCACGGAGGACGCCCCGCGCCGCCGCUCCCGGGGGGCCACGUGUUCCCGCAGGCGGCGUCCACGGUGCUCCCGGACCCGGCCCGCUUCUUCGCGCCGGGGCUCCUCUCCGCGCCGCUCCCCACCAACUGCUUCUUCCAGAACUUCACGCUCAAGAACGGCGACCAGCCCGAGUACAUCCACCCCUACUCCGUCAAGUCCGCCGCCGCCGGCCUCACCGUCUGCUACCCGACGCGGAACCACUCCCCGACCUUCGACAUCCAGACCUUCGCCGCCGACCUCACCGUCUCCUCCCCCUCCGACGCCGCCGCGGGCGCCGCGUCCCAGCCGCACAAGGUCGUCGCUUUCGACGACCUCUCCGUCACCCUCGACUUCUCCCCCUCCCUCCGCGCCUUCCUCGUGCGCGGCUGCCCCUUCGUCACCGUCGCAACCGCCGACGCCGCGGGCCCCGUCGACGUCUCCGUCGCCUCCGUCCACGCCUUCCUCGAGGCCGCCCCCUGCGACGACGCGCGCACCAAGUGGCGCCUCCGCAUGAACAGCGGCCAGACCUUCCUCCUCUACGCCUCCGCGCCCAUCCAGCUCGCGCAGCCCAGCGUCACGCAGCUCGCGGCGCCCGCCUUCGCCGGCGUCAUCCGGAUCGCCUACCUGCCCGACGCCGCCAUGGAGGCGGUCCUCGACCAGUACAGCCCGUGCUACCCGACGGCGGGGGACGCCGCGCUCAACCGCCCCUUCUGCGUCGACUACAGCUGGCGCAAGCAGGGGGCGGGGGAUCUGCUCAUGCUCGCGCACCCGCUCCACCUCCGGUUGCUCUCCCAGGACUGCUCCGGAGCCGUCAAGGUGCUCGACGGGUUCAAGUACCGGAGCAUCGACGGCGACCUGGUCGGCGUCGUGGGCGACGCGUGGGCUCUCAAGACCGAUCCGCUGUCCCUGACAUGGCACUCCACCCGCGGCGUCAGCGACGACGGGGUCGGCGAGGUCGUGGCCGCGCUGCGCAAGGACGUGGACAGCCUCGCCACCAGCCCCAUCACCACCACAUCCUCCUACUUCUACGGCAAGGCGAUCGCCAGGGCGGCCAGGCUGGCGUUGAUCGCCGAGGAGGUCGGGUGCCCGGAGGUCAUCCCGGCGGUGCACAAGUUUCUGAAGGCCACCGUCACGCCGUGGCUGGACGGCAGCUUCCAGGGGAACGGCUUCCUGUACGACUCCAAAUGGGGCGGCCUGGUCACCAAGCAGGGGCUGCAGGACUCCGGCGCCGACUUCGGCUUCGGCAUCUACAACGAUCACCACUACCAUCUGGGCUACUUCCUCUACGCCAUCGCCGUGCUCGCCAAGAUCGACCCGUCCUGGGGGAGGAAGUACAUGUCCCAGGCCUACUCCAUGGUCGCCGACUUCAUGACGCUGUCGCGCAAGUGCGGCGCCAGCUACACCCGGCUACGGACCUUCGACCUCUGGAAGCUGCAUUCCUGGGCCGGAGGGCUCACGGAGUUCGGCGACGGGCGCAACCAGGAGAGCACCAGUGAGGCUGUGAACGGUUACUACUCUGCCGCGCUCCUCGGGCUGAGCUACGGGGACGCGCACCUCGUGUCCGUCGGCGCCACGCUCACCGCCUUCGAGAUGCUGGCGGCGCAGACGUGGUGGCACGUCCGUGAGGGGGAAGGGAUCUACGAGGAUGACUUCAGCGGCAACAACCGCGUCGUUGGCGUGCUCUGGGCCAACAAGAGGGACAGCGGGCUCUGGUUCGCGCCGCCCGAGUGGAAGGAGUGCAGGCUGGGGAUCCAGCUCCUCCCGCUCCUGCCCAUCAGCGAGGCCCUCUUCCCCGACACCGGGUUCGUCAAGGACCUCGUGACCUGGACCACCCCGGCGUUGGCCAGGGACGGCGUCGGAGAAGGGUGGAAGGGGUUCGUGUACGCCCUCGAGGGGAUCUACGACAAGGAGUCGGCAUUGGCCAAGACCAGGGCGCUGUCAUCCCACGACGAUGGUAACACGCUGACGAACCUUCUGUGGUGGCUGCAUAGCCGUGGUGAGAGCUCCGCCACCAGGUGCUGCUGGUAUCGACAGUACGGCCACUAACGGCGCUGGGUAUUAUGAGUUAGCUGCUGGCUGUUCAUCGAUUGCUCUUCAGGCAAGGCGCCACUCGUUGCAGCUGCAAAUGUGCCUGGGUUUCAGAUUGGGAGAGUUGUUGGUUCACUGAAACAAGAUACAGACUGGUUGCUCACUGUAAGUUAAACAUCGGUACUUCAUGAAUUCAAGAUGUUAUAGUGCUCUUCUUAUUUGAAUAAAUUUAGUUGAUGCCACAUUUGUUCAUACGUGAGAGUUGAUGGUUCACACUGUAAGAAAGAAGAUACAGAGUGGUUGUUCAUUGUGUUUUUAAACAUGAGUUUGACACAAAUUCACGAUGUUAUAGUACUCUUCUGAUUUGAAUAAAUAUAGUUGCUGUCACAUUUUUAUAUCAAUUUA